GAGAGAAAUGCUCUCAGGUAUCAGUCACACAGAGUGACCAAGCCAAAUAGUGUAAUUUAAUCAGUAAGUAAAUAAAUAUACAAAAAAGAUAUAAUCUAUUACAUUUAGGCUAUCAAACUUGUAGUAUAAGGUUAAAUACGGAGGUAGGAACCUUGCGCGGGUGACUGUUGAAGGGGGGGGGGACAAUAAAACCGUGGGAGUCAACAGGCAUUCUGCUGUGGUUCUUGAGAAGGUUUCGGUGUACCUAUAACCCAUUGAACAUGGUGUCGGGAGACGAAAUAAUAACGGACAUUGAAAGAAAGUUGCGCGUAUUUGACCGGAGACCGUCGAGCUUUUUGCAGUGUUUUUUCUCUCUGCCGAGAGACGAAAGUUUGGACUAAGGCUAAAGCUAGCAAGCUCAAAGGCGGCGACAUGAGUUCAUUUCAAGUCUCUCCAGCAGAGAAGUUCACGUUCAAAGCUGAAGACUGAACCAAGUGGAUAAAAUGCUUCGAAAGAAGGAUGAAAAUAAAGUGAAUGUGCUGAUUUACACCCUUGGAAGAGGACGCGGAGGACACACUGGUUUCCCUGCACCUCAGUCCUGAGGAUGCGAAUGAGUCAGGAGAAAGUUGGAGGCUCACUUCUUAACAAACAGAAAUGUAAUCUUUGAGAUGGCAAAAUGUAAUCAGAGGAGGAAGAAAUGGGUGAGUCGGCUGACAGUUUUCACACAGGGCUGCAUUGCCUAUCGGAGCACUGUGGAUAGAGGGCUCUGCACGAUGAAAUGGUGAAAGAUAGACUUGCUGUGGGUCUGAGAGAUAACGUUAGACUCUUGUCAGAACAGUUACAACUGGACCCUGAACUCGCGCUAGAGAAAGCGAUUAACAAAGUGAGCAGGUAAAGAAGCAACAUGAAAUGCUGAAGAUGAACUUUAAAGCGCGCCAACACGCAGCUUGACAGCCGCAAUGUAGGCAGACAGACAAAGGACAACAGAAAAGACACAAUGCAAAAGAUACAGAGAUGCAAGAGGCAUAGCCUGCAACAAUGUCCAGCUAAGGAGGUAGUGUGCAAUAACUGCAAAAAAAGGGGACAUUAUGCCAGAGUGUGCAAAACAAACCCAUAUUCCAGCAGUUGAAGUACUGUGUCAAAAGAUGAUACAGAGACACGGUCUCUAAUGAAAGUGUCCCAGCCCUAUCUGCCAUUCUCAGGUGAGCUCACAGUCCAAAAUGGUCUGCUACUAUAUGGCAAAAGGAUAAUCGUUCCAGCAUCACUCAGGGUAGACAUGCUGUACAAGGGCAAUCUGGGAAUAACAAAGUGCAGAGAGAGAGCUAAACAUUCAGUGUGGUGACAUGUGUAGCCAUGAGAGAAUAAAUCAUAGAGAAAUAAUGAUACCAACAAAGUUUAAAACAUGCAUGUGACAUGCCACACCUUCCGCCUGGUAUCGUGUGGUUCAAAGACGUGAUGGAGAAAGGCACAGUGGUGUUUACAGCUGGCACACCAAGGUCCUACAUCGUUGAGACGCCUUGUGAAGAAACGGGGACCAUCUUUUGGGGGCAGCAAAGAAAACCAUUCAUUGUAGGGGUGAUGAUGGUGCAGUGGAUAAGACACACGCCUUUGGUGUGCGAGAACCGGGUUUGAAUCCACUGUGACAAAUCCACCAAUAUGUCCCUGAGCAAGACACUUAACCCCUAGUUGCCUUCAGAGGUGUUACCUCUGAUAUAUAUAUAUAGCAAUUGUAAGUCACUUUGGAUAAAAGCAUCAGCUAAAUGAAUAAAUGUAGUAAUGAAAACACUUGUUGUUUUGAUAUAACUGUUACACUUUUUACCGCAGCAUAUGUUUAAAGUGUUUCAUAGCUAAGUAGUAUGGUAUGCACAGGGAAUAUCCUUUAUCUAGAAAGGGGGUUGUAGUAUUAGAUUAAAUACUGAGGUAGGACCUUGUGCAAGUGACUGUUGAAGGCGGGAACAAUAAAGCCAUGGGAUUCAACAGGCAUGCUACUGUAGUUCUUGUACUGAUCCUCCAGAUAAGGUUUCUGGGUACAUAUAAACCACUGAACAAAAGUAAACAACAACAAUGGCAUUUUCCCUUAUAAAGAUAAUAUGGGGUGCCUUUUGCAGUUUAUAGCCUAUCAAAAUAAAUGUGGCGGUGGUAUUUUUCACUGCUUAGAUUACCAACUGGGCAACUGCCUUGGGCCCAAACCCUCAGGGUCCCUAAAGCCCCCAGGUUUAGUAUGUGGCAACCAGAGGUAAUUUUAUUAAUUGACAAAAUCAACUGAAGUAGUUAGGACUCAUUGCAGAUUCUGCAUUUUUACCAAAUGCUUCUGGCAUGGCUGUAGAGAUGGAAAUGUCAGUCUACCACUUUGGUCCAGAAUAAAAUAUCUCAACAACUAGGUCUACUUAAUCUGGUCCCCCAGUUUUUUAAAUAUCUCAACAACUAUUGAAUGGAUUGCUGCAAAAUUUGGCACACAACACAAUUUUAAAUUUGUUAAAAACGAUGUUUUAUGACCAAAUAUCUGACUAGUUUAGCUAACACACUAAACUAAGAUGGUGAACAUGAGGGGCUGUUUAAUCUACUUAUAACUAAAAUAAGUUUGGAAAUAAGGUGGUUGAUAGGGGGCCACAGAUCCCUUUUGCCCCUGGUCGCCCUAGUAGGUUAUUCCAGCUUGGCUUUACUUCCAUCAAACAUUAUAGCUAUUAGUAAAUAUUGAGUAUCAUUUUCUGUGAUUUACUAUAAGUACGCCCAAAUCGAGAUUUAGCUGGUACCUUAAUUGGAUUUUUAUGAACAGCAACAAUCUAUAAUUGCUUUUUCAGACAUCAGUAUUUAAACAGUAGCCUGCUCAGCCUUAUGCACCACUAAAGUAAAUGCUAUCUGGUCUAGUAUGCUAUUGUCAGACGUUUUGUCUGACUUAAGUAAAAUGCAAUUGUGUUUGAGGGGGAACAAACAGUGCUCUGUGAGAAACAUUUGCUGAAUCCCUACACAAAAGACUGCAACAGUAUUAUUUGAAGAAAACGCCAUUAUAUAUAAUAAUAUUCAAAAGACUAUAGUAGUAAUAAUAAUAACAUAACGAAAACAUCUUUAUUUAUAGUUCUCUAAAGCCUGUAGGCUACUUUAUAUGCAGUCUCUGGCCUACAUAUUACACAUAAUGUAGCCUGUAGACAAGAGACAAAUAAGCAACGGGCUUCCCGGUCAGCUGUAUGUUGAGUGCAUAAGAAGCUUCAGCAAAAUGCCCAACAGCCUUUCAUAAAUAUGUCUGCCACAGUCUCCUAGCUGUAGCACACUAGGCCAAUCAGAGAAAGUUUUCAAUGAGAGCCAGCAACAGCAUGCAAUGAAACAGCGCGGCGGUCAGGCUGCAAUGAUGCUGUUGUAAUGCUGACUUAAAGUGCUGUCGGAAUUAAUAAAAUCCUUUAGGAGCAUGGACGUCAACGCGAACGCGACAAAAAAGUAAACACGGCUUGCAGAGAGGGAAUGGGUCUCUAAAAGUUACCAAUGUAAGUCUUUAUUGAAUAAAGAGCAUUGGAAGCAAGACAGAACGUGAUUUUAUUAUAAUGGGAAGACAGUUCAGCAUUUGCACGUAACUUAGCUGCUGUAAGACAACCGUUCCUCUUAACUUCUGGUAAAUACAACGGUCACUAAAACGCUUUUUCAUCUGUAACCACGCUAGCGCACAUGAAGCCUAUGUGAACAUCCGUAAGAGUCUUAAACUGGGACGUAGGGACUCUUAACUCAGAUGCAGGAUCUUACGAUGAGCACCUGAAUGCGGCAUACGUGUCUCAGCCGGUGUUUUCAUAUUUUUUUUACGCCCCUCCGGUCUUGUACUGUGGUUUCCAUGCUUCAGAGACGACAAACGUAGGGUACAGGGGUGACAUGACUCUGACCAGAGGAUCUUUCACCUAUGCCAGUGGAGAAGAGUACCAUGGCGAGUGGAAAGAAGGUCGGAGGCAUGGUGUUGGGCAGCUCAAGUUUCAGGAUGGAACCUGCUACACUGGCCAGUUUGAGAAUGGACUCUUCCAUGGCUCUGGUGUACUGCUCUUUACAGAUGGAUCCAGAUACGAAGGAGAAUUUGCACAUGGGAAGUUUCAAGGCGCAGGAGUCUUCAGUCGAUACGAUGGCAUGAAGUUUGAGGGGGAAUUCAAAGAUGGACGUGUGGAGGGAUAUGGGCUAUUGACUUUCCCAGAUGGAGCUCAUGGUGUCCCACGAAAUGAGGGCUUGUUUCAAAACCACAAGCUGCAGAAGAGAGAGAAGUGUCCAGGAGUGGUGCAGCGUGCGCAGGCUUCAGCCACCAACGCUCGCAGUCUGGCACUUUGACUGUCACGGACCUUGGAGGAGACAAAGUCAGGGUUCCAGUACCUUCCAGGAGGACCUCAGGGAUGUGUACUCGUAUACCCCUCUCCAGCUCUUCCUUCUGUGUGUUUCUCUCUUUUUUCACCAUCACUUUUUUAUUUUCUUUUUCUGCAUCUUCCUUGCUUAGCCUUCACAGUGGCUUCAAAUGCACAUACAAACAAUGGCGUUCUGUAUGACUGACUUGAAAUGCACAACAUCAUGAAGCACACAUCAUGAGGAGGGUAUUUUCUCCUGCAUUUGGAGGAAUCAUAAAGUAAGUCUAUAUGUCAAAGACUUUAGCCAGUAAUGAGAUAGAUUCACCUAAAAAAUGCUGCAAUCCAUUACAAAGGAGUGAUGCUGGUAGCGCUAUUGUGUAAUUUAUUUUACAAGUGGGCAAGCAUGUGGGCAACGUAGCGCAUGUUCUUGCAGAUGGUUUCACACUGUUCUGCUGAUUUACGGUUGGUGGUGGUCAGAGAAACGUAGCAAUGUACCUACAAAGCCAGCGAAGAAGACAGCUGCAAGCUAUCAAACAGGGACCUAAACAAUGCACAAUGUAAAAAAAACUCUACAUACACAUACACUUUUGUCAGGCCUCAACCACCCACCCAGUGAAUGUAAACAUAACGUUUGUUUGUUUACGAAAACACUCCAUGGGGGCACCUUUAAAAUCUCAUCUCAAUUAAUAGCGCUGCUGCCAACUUUAUCUUUCAAGAAAUGCAUUUUGCCACUUGCGUUUCUCUGUUUAGAGGAUCAGUAUUCACGUUUGCCUUAAAGACAUUUUGAUGCAAGAGUGCGGUUCAAGGGUGUCCAUCUAAAAAUUAGAUGAAGCACAGUGCCCUCUCCUUCCCUUCUCCUCUGCAUCAUUUGCCCUAAGGUGUCAGUCAUCCUAAUGAAUUUGAGGUCUGUUUGAAGAUUGCCUUCAGUCUGAGAGAUACGUUUGCUAAGCUGGUGCUGAGUUUCUUGCUCCCAUCACUCACAAGUCCAGCAGCUCUCUUCUCUUCAGUAACCCCCCCACCCCCUCCUCUCCCAGUGGAAAUCAGUAGAGAGGAGAAUUAACUCUGCUGGAUAAUUCUUUCACGUUUUCCCCUCUAUAACCUGAAAAACUUGCAUCUUCGAUGACUACACAUCCUCAAAGUUGACAAAUAACCAUAAUUAAAUGCAUUGAAAUUGGGACAUAGAUCUUAAUAAAGGCAGCUGAAUGACAGAAUUUAUAAAUCAGAUGUAUGUAAUUUUAAUGUUGUGUUUUUUUAUGAGGUAUAUAGAUAGUAAUUGUCAUUGAUUGUGUUUGUUCUGACCUUUCAGAUGAAUUAAGAGAAAAUUGUGUUAUUUAAGACAGUGUGGUUGAGUAUUUUGAGGUGUUCCAAAUGUGUUUACCAUUAUAGCGAUUAUAGUCAUUUAGUGUACUUUAACAGUUAAUAGGCCUUACAAAGCAUUUGUAGACGUGGCUUGUCUAGGGUUGCCUACACAGAACUUCAACCAAAGACAAUCAAGUGAUAUUAUAGGAAGCCUGGAACUGUCAACAGGAGUUACAUGUGUUAUUUCUUACAGCCAAACAUUAAAGACAAAUCAAUAAGGAUUAAUCUACCUGGGGCUUUAGUGUGCAAGAAAAAUGAAAGGACCGAAGAUUAAACAGGGAAUUGAUAUGAGAUUCUGUUGUUAAUAUUCCUGAUCUUAGCCUGGAUUAUUGCUGUUACUGAUGUUCAUUGUUGUUACAUUCUGUUUGGGUGCAUACUGACCUCUUUGGUGCAGCGGCGUGCUGCAGAGUACAAUCAGAAAGAUUGAAGAUAACAUUAGACACAGAAAAUUAGACCAGUGCACGUGUCAGUACCACAGUCUACGCACAAUGAUACUUUAACUGUGUGCGCACAGUGUGUAAUAUCCUGUAUUUAAGAUCAUGUAACGGUAUUUUUUUCUUUCUGCUAUGUUGGACAUGACGCCUGCUCGAGAGGUUUUUGCCUACAAACCCCUGCCUGAAUUGAAUUGAAUUCACUGGAAUCCCACAUCCAUUUCCAACUGGAAACAAAUGGUGCUUUAAAAGCGUGCCUGUCCAGACUUUCACCUGCCUGGAAAAUAUCAUUGCCAUGGUUACCUUUUUUCAGUAACAAUAUAAUGUUGCUCUUACAGAAAAAAAUACUGUGCAGUAUCCUCUCAUUCUCCUGGAACAGGUCUGAGUAUGUAUCACAUAGGUGGUAAGUGGUAGAUGUGUUAAAAUAAAGCCUUGUGUUGAAAAAGAAA